AAAUUAAAGCCACCUUGUCGUUCGUCCAAGUAAAGUUUUUAUCGGCCUUCCACUCCAUUUUAACUCUCAAUAAAAAUUCGAUUGUUGACUUCGGCGGCAAAAUAAAAGCUUCUGCCAUUAAAUUUUGAAGCCAUUACACUGUACCGGUACAGUGUAAACGGAACGGCUAAACGAAACAAUUUGGAACCGCGACAGUGUAAACACUUGCGAACCGUAACGGUACAAAAUUGUCCCGGGACAGUGUAAACGGGGUCUUAGUUAUGUAUUGGAAAAUAAAGAAAUUCGACUUCGCUCGUCCGUUGACAGUUCGCGACGUUUCGAACAUGUUUCGAAUUCUGUAUUCUGACGAUAUAUUUACCGAAUUCCCCUUCUUUCUCACUUUGUUUGGUGCAGAUUUUUUCAGGUUACGUUGUUUUGGUUAGGUCCGUUGGUUUUGUCUUUGUUUUGAAGUUGUUUUUGUUUUUGUUUUGUUGAAUUUGUUUGAAAAUGGUAACUUUUGGUCAGGUUCGUCUGUGCUUAAGUUUCUUUCCGUUGAUUCUGUCGGUGCCGUUUGCAUGGAGGGUUCAUGAGAAUAAAAAGUUGGAUGCCGCAGUUGACUUGGAAAACACAAUCAUUUCGGAUAAUGGUGUUGAAGAUUUGGAUAAAGUUGAAGAUGAAGGCUUUAACGAGCUAACAAAAGAGGUGGUUGCAUUAAACGAUCUUCUUGGCUUAAACUUUGGAAAGGAAAACAAAUUGAUGUUUGUGGACUUGGCCGAAAGCUCUGAUCAAUCUGUUAAGUGGCCAUCAGAUGUUAAAGAGUGGCUUGCCUUUAUAAAGCAGUUGACAAUACAUGCUUGCUUAAAAGUUGCGAAAUUGGCACAAUCGGAGUUCAGUGUGAUGUCGUUGGUUCUGAAUUUGGCAAUUUUUGUCGUGUUCGUCUACCUCAAACCAGUUUUCAACGCUUGCAGCUCACACGUCACAAGACUUUUGGUUGCUCAACUUGCCAAACUUGCUCAGAUCAUAAAGUACAUUGCGGGUUGGAUACCACAUCGAGUUAAAUGCAUGUUUACAAAACCAAACGCAAAGAAAGCUGGUAACGAGCCAACCAAGACCCCAGACGUUGCCGCUCAGAGAUCACUAAACAACAUUAAAGACCCAGAAUCCAUUUUGGCCUUGGCUUGUCCAGGUGAAACCAACAGACUGGAAACAAUUGAUACUGUCCAAGGUGCGGUUUUUGAUGAAAAGGAAAACUGGAGCGGAUUUGAGGAGCGCCAAGAUAACGACAGUCAUGAGUGGUUGGAAGGGUCGUUUAUUGAGGGGGGCAUUGAAACAUUUUCGCCCCUUGAAGCGGAUGGAAACAAAGUAGGCAAUAAAACAGAAGAUUAUUUACAAAUGUCUAGCAAUAACAGAGAACCUUGUGCAGAUGCUUCUGAUAAAGCUGGCCCUCGAACAUCCACGCCAGCAAGCUCUUCAGUAUUUGGAGAAUCUUCACAGCAAAAUGGGUCAUACCUCAAUGAAACUAGGACAUACACACCGAAAAAACUGAAAAAAUUCAUGUUUGAUAAGUUCAAUGAAUCUGGUCUUGGAGUAGCAUCGUGUUUGAGUGAACUGGAAAACUCGCAUUGCAUUAUUGUCGAUGAACAAAAGAAGGAGAGCAAUAUGCGGCAAAUUGACUGGGGACGCGGAAUUGAUGACCUUGUUAACGUAACAAAGAAUAGAAUAAGAAAUAGAUUGAUGAAUGUCUCAUAUGUAUGA